UACUAAACUGCCAUUAUGUCACGAGAUGGCGAACGUUGCUAUGAUGGCAAUUAGCUGGACAUCAGUAAUUCUGCGUUCCCUGCCAGAGAUUAUAAAGGCAGGCCAUGAGCUGUACUCCCUGUGGUGCAGCAUAAGGGGCGAACAUCAGGGGAAUGAGGCUGUGGUAAAGUCCAUGAAGUUGCUGAACAGAUAUCAGGAUGACAUUGGUAGGCUGCUUCAGGACCCACAGCAGAAGAGAGACCUGCUGGAGGGACUGACAAUCCUCAUGAACAGAAUCAAUGAGAGCAAUGAUAACAACAACACAGGAUCACCAAGGGCUUCUGGCAGGAACACGACAUCCUCUGGUGGUGGAGACAGUGGUGCCUCUUUCCCAUCUAAGUCCUCCUUCAAAGGGGCAAGGUGGAUGGAAUGUGAUGUGUGUCGGGAAGAUUACACCACAACUACCACCAAGAGGCCACUCAUCCUUCACUGUGGGCACACCUUUUGCCGGGAGUGUGUGGAGGUACUGGCUCGCCGGGGGCUCAUUAGGUGCCCCACCUGCCGCAAAUGUGAGAUGCGGAGCCUUGCCUCCAUCCCCACCAACACAGUGAUGAUAUCUAUGCUGGAGGACUGGGGCAACCAGGGUGACAAUGACUCCUGCAAUGGCAUGAGCAAGGGUAAGAGCAGCUGCACUGGUGACAGAGGCAGUGGCAGUGGCAGUGGAUGUGACAGCAUAAGUUUGUCAUAUAAGGAGCAGAUUCAGUUUGCCAUCUUCCUGUCCAAGCAAGAGGCUGAGGCACAGGGGGAGGCCCAGGUGGAGAGGAGGUGGCAGGAGGUGGAGGAGGCGGCGGACAUGAUGCUGGCCGAGGCACUGCAGGUGUCUGAGAUGUAUGAGGCUUCACGGCUGUGUGCUGAACGCCAACAAGCCGCGUCUGCCCCUGGAUCCCACGACCUACCUGAAGAAGAGAAGGAAUCGUGUGCAGCGUCAGGCAGUGGGUCAGCUGAGGAUGAGGAUGCCAGUGUGCUGCUCGCCUACAAGCUGCAGCAGGAGGAGAUAGCUAUGAUGCAGAGGCUGUGUGGCAAUGCAAGCAAUGACUGGAGUAAGGAAAUGAACUGCUUCUUUGGUCCAUCUCUCUGUGGCAUGGGUGAAGAUGGCAACAAUUUUAGAGGGAGAGACAAUGCCACAAAUGGAAGGGAACAGGACAGUGGUGAAGAUGGCACCACAUGCUGCAGAGGGAUGGAGGAUGAAGAUAAUGAUGAUGAAGGAGGAGCUGCGUGCCACAGGAGAGGUGAUGAUGGUGAAGAUGAAGCGAUGUGCUGUGGAAGGGAGGAAGAAGAAGAGGGUGGAAAGAAAUGCUCCAACAGUGAUGAAGAUGAUGACUUGAAGAAGUGCUGUGGUGAUAGUUGUAGAGAGGAAGAGUGUGACAAGAGAUUUUUGGAGCUGAUGAAAAGUGAAGAAGCUCUGUUGGUUGAAAUGGCUCUCCAACUUUCACUUCACUAUCCACAGCCUUCAGACUCGGAGGACAAGUAAACACACACACACACACACACACACACACACACACACACACACACACACACACACACACACAUUAUUUGAUAUUACCAGGCUGUUCAGUUCCUUCAGUAUCAUUAUGCAUUGUAUUAUUCAGGAUGGAGAAAGAAUAUAAGCAAGGAAUAUAUAAUCAUGAGAAUUACAUGAGAUACAAAGAUGCCAUAAUGCAUGUGUAACAGACACAGCCUCCUGCAACAGUGCUUGGAUGAGUGUGGGAGUGCUGAGUGUAACUGACCGAGACUGGGACUUUGUAAUGGUUGUUGACUUUGUUUGUGUUGUUGUUAUUUUGUUAAUUAAUUUUUUAAUUAGUUAUCAGUCUCUCUCUCUCUCUCUCUCUCUCUCUCUCUCUCUCUCUCUCUCUCUCUCUCUCUCUCUCUCUCUCUCUCUCUCUCUCUCUCUCUCUCUCUCUCUCUCUCUCUCUCUCUCUCUCUCUCUCUCUCUCUCUCUCUCUCUCUCUCUCAUGUUUUGUUUACUUUUCUUCACAAAGUAUCUGAAACGAUUACUUUCAUUAUGUGUGUUGAAACGGUCAUAAUUUAUUUUUUUCAUAAAUUUAAUAAUUAUUUCCUGUCAUUCAUUUUGGUAUUUGUUCAUCAUGUAAUAAUGUUUAUUGAACAUAACCACAUGAAUUUAGGAGAUUAUGUAAGGUUUCCAUCUCUAAUAUUUUGAAACUGACUGCGAAGUAUUUUAUUAAUUUUUUUUCUGACACUAAUUCAUCUGUGGUUGUCUGCAAGUCACCCUGCUAGCCCUUUCCCUCAUGGAGAGAGCUUAGAGCUUGUAGUGACUGAUCUGUGGCUAGGACAGAGACCACUGACACUAAUGUAGGCCAUAAUGUAUAACUGCUUUACAUGUUUGUGGACUACCCAUACAUUGUAACUAAUUCAUGUCUUACUGAUCUGAGGCUUGGUAUGAUUUUCUUGUCUGUCACAGUGGGAUGGAACACUGUGCCCAAAUGUUCCUCAUCCACCUGAGUCUCUAAUACUAUAUAAUAUAAAUUCCACAUUCUUAUGAACAAUGUUUCAGGUGUUAAUGACUUGACAUAGUUCUUUAUUAGAUCCUCAGUAUGAUGUAUGCUUUGCCUGCAUAAUGGUGUCUUGCCUGGGUGCAUUGGUUUGCUAGGGCUUUCAUUUUAAAUACCAGGUAAGUUCUAAGGCCAAGAUUCUUUUAUAUGAUCAUGUGCAACUGCAAAUAAGGCUUGUUCAAAUAGGCUUCCAAGGCAGAUUUCAUCAUAUAGUUCAUUAUGUUACCACAGAAAGCUCUUCCUUUCAUGAUACAAUAUAGUCAAUGCUGCAUUAAUCUCAACCUUACUGGUUAAAUGUGCAUCAGUGACAUCUGGUGGAAAAUUCAGAGCUCCUCUACUCUGAAGCAUAACUAGAGGACUUGUAUCAUUUAAGACUUGUACUCUCAUGCAUCUCAACUGUUUCCCCACUUUCAACACUGAAUAUUAAUUACAAGUCCCGCUUAAUGUGCGAUAAUUUCCUACAAGUGUAAUGACAGACGUGUUGGGUGCUGGAUGUGAACUCAGCCAUGACCACAGUGAGCAAAGUCUGCAAUUUUCCUCAAUCAUUUUGUUUCUACCAAUAGACAAAUUUACUGACAGAAUGCAUGGCAGUUAUGAGUCAAUAUAUUGCUCAGCUAGUCACUAAAAACUGCUUCCCUGGGAGCAGGUAGCAGGGGCAGUUUUCUCAUUGUACACCUUGCACGCCAUUAUGAACAGGUAAUUUUCUGUAGGCAGACUUCAACUGUCUCAUCAUUGGGUUACUGCUGUGCAUCCCCAAAGUCGAAGUAAUCCUGCAAAGAACCACUCCAGAUAAUCCUGCCUAAAUAUAUAUUACUGAAGUUAUUCAGUCCAAAUAUAUAUUACUAAAGUUAUUCAAUAUUCUUGUAUACUGCAGUGCCAUACAAGCCUGUCAACUUGUUUAUACAAAACAAUAAAUCUGAGAAAUCCA